AGAAAAGAAAAAAAUAUAUAUAUAUAAAAAAAAAGAAAAGAAAAAAAGGAGACAAAGUCCUUCUCUCCAUUUCUCUAUUCUUCUCCCACUAGCCUUUGCUUUGAAAUCAAGCACUUUGUUCUCUCUCUCACUCUCUUCUUCACAAUUCCCAACAACUAAAAACACACUCUAACUAUGAUUUCCCACCACCUCCCAAUUCCCAACUCAACUACCUUCAAAAGUCAUGUGUCAAGCCUUCUCUACUAUUUUGCUUCUAAUCAUUUGGCUCUGAAACUCACAUAGAUCUCUCUAUUAAUUUGUCAUUCUCUUACUCUUUGUCUUUGUUUCUCAUUUUGAAGAGAUGGGCAGUAGUGUAGGCAACCAAGAACCAUUGAUACCAUUUGAACCAACAAAAGAUUGUUCUCAAGGUUUCUGCUCCAUUUACUGCCCUCAAUGGUGCUACAUAAUCUUCCCACCACCUCCUCCCUUCUUUUCCGACAACGACCAAAGCUCGUCGGGGAGGACCUUUUCACCUCUUGUUAUCACAAUCAUCGGUGUCCUUGCUAGCGCUUUUCUUCUAGUUAGUUACUACACUAUCAUCUCCAAAUACUGUGUUAGUUUCAGCACUCUUCGCCGGAGAUUCCACCGCCGCCUUCACGUUGGCCCUGAAGGUAAUAUUGAAGAAGAUGUAAUAGGUGCUUCUUCUCGGAGAUAUGAAACUUGGUAUAAUUCUCCAUCAAAUGGUCUUGAUGAAGCAUUGAUCAAUAAGAUUACUGUGUGUACAUACAAAAGAGAUGAUGGGCUUAUUGACUCUACUGAUUGCUCGGUUUGUCUCAGUGAGUUUAGAGAAGAUGAGAGUCUUCGGCUUUUACCAAAGUGUAACCAUGCUUUUCAUCUUCACUGCAUUGAUACUUGGCUCACUUCUCAUUCCAAUUGCCCGCUUUGCCGAGCUAGUAUUAUUUCAGUGAAUCAAAUGCCACCACCUCUUCAGUUACCGGCUCCACCCGAGCCUCCUCCACAGCCGGAGAGUAGUAUUGAGCUUGCAGUUGUGUCAAUUGGAGAAUCAAACACAAGAGAAGAACAAGAAGAACAAGAAGAAGAGGAGGAGAUUAAUGAGCCGAAUAAUGAUGCGGCAAAACGUAAUGAACAAGAGGAUCAUGAUCACAAGAUUGAUGUAGACAAAACAGAUGAAACUGUUCAAGUGAUUCGGAGAUCAUUCUCUAUGGAUUCUUCAUCAUCGUCGUCACACCGUGGUCGUGUCUCUAUCGCUGAUGUUCUCCGGCUGAGCAUCGACGACGACGAGUCUCAAGUGCUUGAAUUUGCAAGACCAGAGAAUAAGGGAAGCAGUAGCAACAGAAUAACUAGAGGGUUGCAUUGUGUGAUUAGUCCUGUUCCAAUGAAGAGAUCAUUCUCAAGUGGGAGAUUCUGCUUCACAAGGAAUGCAAGGGAGAAAACUUCAGUUCUUCCUCUUUGAUUUUGAGAAGUUAUAUAUAUAUAUAUAUAUAUAUAAGAUCAACCAAUUAUGUGUUCACUAUGAAAGGUUAAAUGAUCUUUUAUGUUGUGGGAUUUUAUUGAAUGAAUGUGAAUUUGUUUCUUUUUGUUUGAUAA